AUGCCGGAAAGCCAGGUUUCUUACCGUUAUGCCCAUAUGGGGGACAAUGAGGCCAUUGCCAACUUAGGGGCGCGUGUUUUUACAUCGGCCUUCGCACCACUGCUGCCUAUCAAUGACCUGACAACCUAUCUCUCCGAAGCAUAUUCGCCAAAAAGUAUUGCUACCGACUUAAGAGACCCUUCUGUUACUUUUGUGGUAGCUAUGAAGGACGAAUCUCUUGUCGGGUUCCUCCAGCUCAGACGCGGUACGUCCGAGAGAUGCAUCGACAAGAUGGAAAACAAGAUUCAGUUGCAGCGGUUGUAUGUCAGUGAAAGUUGCCAAGGGCUAGGGAUCGGAAAGCGUCUGUUGGCGCGAGCAGAGAAGGAAGCGAGGGGUAUGGGAGGCAAGAAUAUUUGGCUCGCAUCAUGGAAGCCAAAUCUCAAAGCUGAACGCCUAUAUGAGAGCACUGGAUACUUAAAGGCUGGGGAGAUGGCAUUCACGUUGGGAAAUUCUAGGCUGGAAGAUUGGGUCAUGAUCAAAUCGAUUUAA